AUGUCGCCAGCUUCAUUUACCGAAGAACCUGCACACCGAAGGUCGCAAGUCAAUCUGAAGACAGAGGAACGAAAAGUUUCUGAAUCGGAUUGUCCCGCCAUCUCUUCAACUUGGCGGCAAGACGUGCACUUCCUGGGUGACAAAGAGGGCAAAGUGCAUCUGCGUUGCCCUCCAGUAUUUGAUGACAUCAACGAAACCCGCAGUUACCUGAAGCAACACCUGGCGGCCGCUUUUCGAGUAUUUUCCAGGCAGGGAUUCGACGAGGGUGUAGCUGGUCACAUCUCUCUCCGCGAUCCAGGCAACCCAAAAACUUUCUGGAUCAACCCUCUCUCGACACAUUUCUCACAGAUCUGUGUCAGCGACUUGGUACUCGUCGGUGAGGAUGGUGAUGUUCUUCCGGAAGGAGCACACAAGGCCAUCAACGGCCCAGCGUUCACCAUUCACAGUGCUAUACACCGCAAACGACCAGAUCUAAACGCAGCGUGCCACGCGCACAGUGUUUACGGUAAGGCGUUCAGUUGCUUUGGCCGCCCAAUCGAGAUGCUUUAUCAGGAUGCGCUGCGUUUCUAUAACGAUUUAUCAGUAUACCCACGUUACGGAGGUACUGUGCUCACGGCUGAGGAGGGUAACCGUAUCGCGGACGCGCUGGGGCCAACCUGUCGCAGUGUCAUUCUACAGAACCAUGGCAUGAUAACGUGCGGUAAGACGGUCGAUGAGGCAGCUUUCCUUUUUAUUGCGCUAGACCGGUGCUGCCAUGCGCAGUUGCUUGCGAAUGCUGCAGUGUGUCCUGGUUUCGAGAAAAGGUAUAUUCCCGAUGAAGAGGCCGAAUUCGCGCACAAGAGAAGUGGCAAUUCAAAUAAGAUGUGGUUGGCUUUCCAGCCGUACUACGACCAGGUGGUGAAAGAGGAGCCUGAUCUGCUCCAGUGA